AUGAACACUGUUAUCAAGAAUACUCACAAAGUGAGUGUUGUUGCUUUUGCUCAAGUUAUUAAUAAAGAGUUGAAAACUAUUCUUGCAAAUAUGCUGAAAGAGACUUCUUCUGUUGAUGAUAAGCCAGAUACAUUAAAUGAUGAAGUUAUUAAAGCUCUUCAAGAGAUUUCUGUGAUCUUGAAAGAAAUUUGGGAAAUUCAAGAGGCAAACUUCAUUGCAGUCUCUGACAUAAAGAAUGCUCUUAAUAUCUUUAUACAGCUCUUGCUGCUAGCACUUGCUCAGCUCCAGCUGCAAAUACCUUCUGUUCUUCUCAUGCUUAUGACACCAAAGAGUGUGUCUUCUUCUUAUAAUGUGACUCUGACACAAACUGUCUCUGCAAAGCCAAGCAUGCCAGCAGUCAAAAAUCCUGAUGCCAAUAAGAAGGAUGCCAAAAAGAACACUGCUGACAACAAGAAUGCUGACAAGAAUGAUAUCAACAAGGAUGCCAACAACAAGAAUGCCAAUGAGAAGGGUGCUGAAAAUAAGAAUGCUGAAAAAGCUGAUGCAAAUGUUACUUCUGAUAUUAGCAGUGAAGGAUUCCAAAAUUGGUUUUUUGGUUGGGGUGAUCUUGCUCCAACAGUUCUCUAUUUGGAUUAUGGUUCUCGCAUGAUUCCUAAUUAG